CAAACACGUGUUUUUUGGUUCAUUUUUAGGCGCUGACUGAUGGAUUUGCACUGCAUUCGUGGAUGGAUCCUCCCCUUCGACCAAAACUGUCGGGAUGGGCUUUACUCUUAUCUAGGAGUGGACUAGUGAUGGAAUAGGCAGAUGAAUGCUGGUCAGUCUUUCAUUUAUUGCGCGCUCAGUAGUAAAUCAUCAGCAGAAGGAUUGCAAUCUGCUUGAACUACCCAUAGUGCAGGCAAUCAUAAUUCGAGCAAUAUUAAAUUACAUCGUCGAAAUCGCAGCAUGAAAUAUGUUUGUCUUUUCCACUCGACAUGCGCAGAAUCGUGUGACUUAGCAGGCACUGUGAUCUCAUUGUACUCUCGUUUGCAACAGGUGGAAACAGAAGUAUAUGAGGUUUGCCGAGGUGCGAGCCCCCAGCGAGGCUGCCAUGUGACUUUUCUAUUUUGUCCCCAGGCUACGGGCACUGGCACUAAGUGGAAUUUUGCCCACGAUAAGUCGCGCUCCCUUCUUGUAUUUUUGAGGCUUCUCCUCUCCGCUUGUGUUCUGCUCUCCGGAGGCGCGGCGUUGCAGUGCUCCGCUCCGCUCGCAUUGUUUCGCUCGGCAUUAACUACAUUCCAGAGCGACUCACUACACCCCGUCUCCCUCCUCGCAUUCCUUCCACGGAAACAAGUCCCUUUCUUUUCUUCUUCUACUCUAAUCUCGGCAAGCAAACAAGCAUUGAAUUGCAGCGCCACCAAAGCGAGUCGGAACAUCGGCAGUCUCUUGUUUCCAAGGGAUUUUGUGCUCAUGCUACCUGGAAAGGAUUUUUCAGAGUCUCUACGCUGAAGGAAAGAAAGAAAAGGAAAGCUUCAGGAGAAAAUUCCUCCGCACAGCCCGCCAUUGACCGUAUUAGACCUUUCAACUUAUAAAGACUUAAAAUCAACAGACAUCCCUCGGUCUCCGAAAUCCACUGGGGAAGUGGGUGCUGUUUGAACCUCGUCUUUCCCUUUACCCCCAGGAGACUUUUAACGAGCUUAGAUGUGCGGUGAAGAAGUUGUAUCGCGACUAGCAGGACAACCAUCACAAUCCUCGGUGGUCAUGUACGGAGCUCACCGCACACUGGGACUGUGAUCUUAAACUGGCCACCAGUGAGGUGAACUGGGGUGCGCGCGCGCGCGCGGCGGCGGGGCCAUGGAGAACUACGGCGAGGACAUUGGGCUGACAGCCAGCAAGUUCGUGGAGGAGCUCUCACUGUACGACUCUCGCGGCGAUGGAUUCUACGGUGCCAGAAGCACUCUGAUCGCAAAGUCGGACUCCGAGGUUUCGGGACAGAUAUUAUGCCAGCAGAAAAGUACAAGAAUGAAUGGUAGCGCCAUGCCAUUCCCUCCCGGAGGCGAGAAUUACUUGGCAGCGUAUAAUAAAGGUCACAGCACUGCUGCUUUGCGCGGAGUGAACGGCGGCCGGGGUGCACCUUUGGAAACGUGCGUGUCUCAGAGAGAAGCACAAUUUUGCGAAGAUGGCCAGUGUACCAAAUCCGAAGUUGCCCUCCCAUGCUACGGCGAAAGGAUCCGAAGGUACUCUUUAGAGGCGCCUGGUCACAGGUACAGCACUGGCAGCACAUACGAGAGCGUAGCGCCUACGGCGUGCAAGCAAGGCUCGUACCCAGCGUACCCUGUUAAUAGAGGCAGCGCUACCAGUCCCAGGACCAGUCUGGCAUCCUCUCAGGAGCAAAGUAAACAUUCUAGCCCCAGGUCAAGCAUCAGUAGCCCUCGCUCGAGUCUGAUCGUGCCAGGGCAGGAGAAAUAUACCAGCAGCCCGCGGUCCAGCCUUGUACAAUACGAAGGCAGUACCGCCUUGAGCCCUCGAUCAAGCUACGCCAGCACGGCUAGCGAUGCCAGCAAGCAUUCGAGCCCUAGGGCCAGUCUCAAUAGCUACGAUUACGCCAGCAAGUCUAGCAGUAACCGCACCAGCGGCAUUAGCAUGGGCUAUGACCAGAGAUACAGUAGCCCGCGCUCAAGUACCGCGAGUCCUCGCUCCAGCUGCUCGGAUCCUCGCGGCGUGCAGUCUGGGGCUCCCGACCACGAAGCUAUUGCCGUCGCCACGCUCAGUCCACGUUCCAGUAUCUGCAGCCAAGACAGUAACUGCAGACCAGGCGGAGCAGUUGGAUGUAACCCUUGUGUGAUCAGCCCACGGUCCAGUAUUUCUAGCCACAGCUCUCGUAGCUCGAGGGGUUCAAUGAGCACCUAUCCGGAUCUACAGCAACCUUCGCCUCGCUCUUCCGUGCUCGGAAUAGGAUUACCGGAGGAGACCACUGCUCAAGACUUCGGAGAUGUUCACUCCAGGCUUCAGCAACCUGCGGACGGCGCUCCUGGAGUACCUGCGCAUUUCAAUUACGGCAGUCCCCUGAAAAGCAGUGCAUCAGCGCAUAAAUUUAAGCUUCCAUAUCAAGUGACCCCGACCAGGGAGAACGGUCCCAGUCAGGCUGAGAAGCGACUGGAGGCGCUAACACUGGAGCUGGAAAAGGAACUAGAGAUGCACAUGAAGAAGGAAUAUUUUGGUAUCUGCAUUAAGUGUGGAAAGGGGGUUUAUGGAGCAAGCCAGGCCUGCCAAGCAAUGGGAAACCUCUACCACACAAACUGCUUCACCUGUUGUUCCUGUGGAAGAAGACUGAGGGGCAAGGCUUUUUAUAAUGUCAAUGGAAAAGUUUAUUGUGAAGAAGAUUUUUUGUACUCAGGGUUCCAGCAAACUGCAGACAAGUGUUUUGUAUGUGGACACCUCAUCAUGGAAAUGAUCCUGCAAGCUUUGGGCAAGUCCUACCAUCCCGGCUGCUUUCGCUGUGUAGUCUGCAAUGACUGCUUAGACGGAGUCCCUUUUACAGUUGACGUUGACAAUAAUAUCUACUGUGUCAAGGACUACCACACAGUAUUUGCUCCUAAAUGUGCUUCGUGUCACCAGCCUAUCCUACCUGCACAGGGCUCUGAAGAGACGAUACGAGUGGUUUCAAUGGACAGAGACUAUCAUGUGGAGUGCUAUCACUGUGAGGACUGUAGUCUCCAGCUUAAUGAUGAAGAAGGUCAUCGCUGCUACCCCCUCGAAGAACACCUCCUCUGCCAUGGUUGUCACAUCCGACGUCUCAAGACCCAGGUGCCAGCACAUUCUGUGCCCCCAAGCUAUCCCCUCCAUGUUACUGAACUGUGAAGGCAAGCUAGCACAUGGAGAAAAGCAAAUCCUUUUGGAGGUGCAGUAUGUAAAGGGAAGGCACCCACAUGAAAGCCCUGGGAACAGUGCCUUGCCAGACCAGCCUUGAAUCUUCUCAUGCUUUUUCACAAAUUGCAGGAGUUUGUUGACAUGGAGGAAUGGCAACUCGAGCAGGUCACUGGGCAGAAAAAGAUGUUGGAAGAAAAGUGGUUGAUGUACAACAAAAAGUAAAUGAUUAAACAAUGAAAAAGAGGAAGAUUUAGAAGCUUUUCAUUGUUAAAUUCAGUGCAGAAAUAAGGACUCUAGUCAACUAACAUAGCUGGUUGACAAAAGCAGAUGCAAGACAAGUCAGUGGAUCUCAACACACUUACCAUGCCAAGUGAUACCACUCCUUUAUUAAGACAAAAAGCCACUCACUCACUACCUGGGUGUCACUGGGAGCAAAUUCAGAUCGGUUGCUGUGUUUUCCACUGCUACCUGCCUGGAUUUCAACUGCCUUAAAUGGAGUCUGAAAGUGCCAUACUGGUUACUGAGGAAAAAUCUGCACUUAAAAAAUAAUAAACCCAAAAUAAACAAAACACAAGAAAUGUUCAUUCCUACUUUUGCAAAAACACUUAAGUAGAGUUUAUUUGGCUAUGCAAAGGAACACUGUAUGCAAUUUAGCACUGUUUCACAUGUAAUCAGUCUUUUGUUUAUUUUUUAAUCCUUUAAGUUGUAAAAAUGGGCCAAAAUUUUGUGUUAUUUACAAUUUUGUAUGUAUUUUGCUUAAUUAUGCUUACGCCUGCAACCAGCAGUGGUCCAGCAUGUCAACUUAAACUUGUCUUAUAAUGUUGGAACAAAUAUUAGGUGUACAUAGAUUGUACAGUCGUUUUUUAUAUAUUACGGAAACUUUCACUGAAAUCUUAAUUUUUAUUUUAUUUUUUUCUGCAAAGAUGGGAGGGAGCUGAGAGGAAACUCAAUAGAAUUCUAGAAGCCUAGGUGUGCCUGCAAUUCUUUGUCUACUAUGAUUAAACAGUAUAUUAUAGGAUUAACUGCCAAUAGACGAAAUUCUUAAACUACCGUGUCAUAAAUCCGUGUGUGUGUACAUACAUAAAAUACAAACAUACACAUAGUCUAUACAUGUUUGUGUGCCAAUAUAUAAUAGUAUAUCCCCUGAGCAGUUGCAUUUCCCUGAAAGCAUGCACUUUUUGUAAUUGGUUGAUCUCAUCAGCAUUUCAGACCAGAAAGUGCAAGGUUCUUUUAAUUAACUCGGCAUCUGUACCAGCCUUAUACAGUAUUAAUGCUUCCCCCAGCACUACACAAUGUUUUAUUAGACAGCCAGGAGGAUUUGGCGAUGGCAGGAAGUGAGCAGACUUCAUCUGAAACCCUCUGAACAAAUCGGAGUUACAACUGCCGUCAAUUUUGCCAAGUACCCUGUAGAGUUUUAUUGUUCUCCGUCUUCAGGGGCUCUUUGUAGUUUUUGUGACAAGUUGGCCUAGACAUUUAUAAGCAGGUUUUUGGAUUGAAUUGAUAAAGCUGCCUUUCAGUUAGAACAGAAUUAGAUUCUAAGAGAGAGAGUGAAAAUAUAGGAUCAUGUAAUUUCCUCUAAAAUAACAUAAAGCAAGUCCGAAUUCAUAGCCUAUUACUUGCCGCUUUCUCGUAAUUCACCAGAGAGAAAUUUGAUCAAAAAUAUCUUCUGCAGACAACUAUAUCCAUCAAGGAGUCUUUAUGUAUAAUGUGGCUCUGCAAACAUUCCCAAAUCCAUUUAAUUCAAUUCAGAGUUACUGGGGGUCGAAGCCUAUCCUGGCAGGAAACAGCACUGGACAGGGUGUCAGUCCAUGUCACGACUCACUCAUGCACACCCCACAUGCCUCCGGUUUUGCUUCGCUAAUCAACCUAACUAGCACAUCUCUGGGUAUGUUCGAAGAAAACUGGAACCAGAUAGAAUGUGCAGACUCCACACAGACACCAACUGGGAGUCAAACCCAGGACUGUGAAUCUAUGAAAUGACAGCGCUACUCACUGCUGCCUGGCCUGGCAAAAUAUUCUUUAAAAAAAAUCUUCAUUGUAUAGAAUAAAAAACGUCAGUAGAUAGAUAGAUAGAUAGAUAGAUAGAUAGAUAGAUAGAUAGAUAGAUAGAUAGAUAGAUAGAUAGAUAGAUAGAUACUUUAUUAAUCCCAAUGGGAAAUUCACAUUCUUCAGCAGCAGCAUACUGAUACAAUAAAUAAUAUUAAAUUAAAAAAUGAUAACAAUGCAGUAGCUGUAUAACUUGCGAGUACAGAGUAAGCAAAACAAGCUAUGGUAUUAGGUAGGCUUUAAAUGAGAUUUUAUGGGCAUUGGAGAUGAGGUAAGUCCCGAAACUAAUGGAUUGUCUGAUACUGAUUUAAAAAAAAAAAUAGAGCAACAGUGAUAACAUAAUUCCUAUUCAUGCAUACUUGUAAAUUUUGUUAGGAAGAUAUUGUGAGUAAAUAUGGGAAAUGUAAGAACCGCCACCUAGUUGACAGUGUUAGUCUCUGUUGCUUUGUAAGAUUAGACUAUUCAUUUGGCCCAAGAUGUGUCCAUUUUGAUGACCGUUGUUUCAUUGAAGCCCUUAAUUCCCUUAGGCGAGGUAUAACUUGGUUGCUUCAGGUUUUAUCACAAAUUUUUCCCUGUAGCAAACCAUCAUAACAUAAUGUUUUAUAAAGUAAUCACAAAUGAUGCAAAAAUGCUUUCAGCAUACUUAAGGCGAGAGAUUUUGUUGCUUUUACCACAUAAGAAAGUAAAAGAUUGUAGAUAGGAAAACAUAUAUUAUAAUAUAAAAGGGUUCUUUAGCAAAAAAAAAAAAGUGUUAGAAGGCAAAUGCAAAUGUUGAUCAGUUAUAUGUGAACUUGUCAAUUAACCCGCUGUAUAUUUCUGAACAGUACUUAUGUGAAUUGACUGAAAUGCUGGACAUAUUUGUUUAAUGGUGCACACUUGAAUAAUUUUUUAAUUUUAUAUUAUGCCUUUUUUCAAAUGCCACAGAUGUUACAAAAGAAGACAUUAUCUUUAGAAAUAUGAUAUUUAACAGAGUUCCUUGUAUUUAUAUCUAGAGAAAUCCUGAAUCCAUCCGUAUUUCCAGUUUUAGUCCUGUCUCACCCUGUUUUUGUUGGGUUUUCAUCUCUACUGAGCUCUCAAUUUGAGGUUAACACCUUUAUUAAAGCAACAAAGGAAGUGAUUUCACUGUCUGUGAUGUCCCCCAUUAUGUUGACCACCUGGAUUAUUGUGUUCAUAGUUCAUGCUUACUGUGAAAGGAGCUUUUUUCCAUUAUAUAGUUAGGACUUUUAAACCAGCAAUGUUAUUCAGACUUCUGCUUCUUUGGGUAUGAAAAAAUAAUUUCUCUUAGUGUCAUGCUAUGUGACUUCUGUUUGGAAGUGAAGUAUGUGGUUGAUUCUAAUAGUAAAAAGAGAGAGCUCAGGCACAUACAUAUCCAGGCUGGAAUCAAACACGUUUUUCAUUUUGGUCUAUUUUUUUUUAUAGACCAUAAGAACACCAUGCUAAUCCUCAAAUACAAAUCUGCUUUAUUGGUUAGCAAAGAAAAGUGGAAGUAUCCACAAAGGUGAGACUUGGGUUUGAAAUUUGAAAAUCCCAGAAUACGUUCAGUUUAGAUUUUAAAUUCUGUUGGGCUUCAGCUAGCUUGUCAUCAUUUCUCGUGAUUAUUUUCCCAGCAAUCUGCAGUUUUUCACAUUGUGCUCACUGUUUCCUCUACAAGAACUCCAUCUCUCAUUUGAACCCUGAGCUGCUGCUGUUUGAUGCUAUCAUCUAGUGGAGGAGGUUAUAAUGACAGACCUAUGUCCAGUACAAAUGAAGACAAUGAUUCUAAUUCUAGUUGAUUGUUACUCUCUACUUAAGAGCUCAACUGAAAUGAAAAGCCGCAGAUGCAGAGGUGUCUCAGGACUGGAACUGUGAUGUUUGCCAUUGUAACUCCGUUGUGCAAAAUGCCAUUAUAUGCUUUAGCCUUGGAAGAAGGAACAAUGGCAUAAACCUGUGACAGUGGUUGAGCUACUGUUUUUUUUUUUUUUUUUUUGUACUUUAAAUAUGUUUGAGAGAACUCUCAUUUCAGUUAAUCACAUUGGCUUGAACGUUUUCAUAUGAUAUGAGGCUGCGUGCUGCUAUUUAUUUUUUAUUAUUAAUUUCUUUUUAUUGUUGCAUAGUUUGGGAUCUUCCUUGCAAGGAUAUCCAGCUCCGACUUAAUUUCAACAAAAUUGUGGAAUUGAAAACGUUCAUCGGCCUUUUAAGUAUUUUUCCAUGUGAGACAGGCUAAAACUGUGGAUAAUCCACCCUGAACUGUAGAACAAUGGACUGUUAAAUGUGCAAUGUUAACAUUUCAGGGAAACUGUCACUUCCAGAGUUUUUGCCUUUAUUGCUCUUUAUGUUACUGAGUUGACACUUGCCUCAUAGGAGGCUGUUAAUGACAGUUGCAUUCACAAAUUUGACUCAAACCUGUGUCAUGGUACUUAAUUUUUAAACUUUCACAAAGUUUUAACAAUUAACCAUUUGUGAUGCUUGGAUAUUUGGACUUUCCUGUUUUGAGUGGACUGUCCAACACCUUCUGUUGCAUGCGUCACAAAAACCAGUCUAGCUCUAUUUAGCUGAAUGUGGCAGAGGAGCUUGCAUAUGCCACCUGGGUUCCUGUAGGUUUCUACCCAGUCCAAUUGAACUUAUCAGGUAUGACCGUAUAAAUGAGGUGUGUGUUCAUGUGCCACUUUUAGGAUAAGCUCCUGCUGCAGUUAACUUCAGCACGCUCAUCAGCACAAAUAGAUAAGAACUUUUAAAAGUGGAAUGAUUCUAGAGGCCGAAGGCACAUACAGUAUCUAUCUAAUGCAACCUUAAAAGUGUAGGGAGUUGGAGCCCAUUGUAAAACAGGUGCCAACCCUGGAUGUGGCACUCUCGCAUACACCCACUUAUACUGGUACAAUUUAAAAAGUCAGGAGUUGGUUAAUCUUUUUUCUACAUGGAAUCACAACUGCAGCCACUAUUAAGCCCACCAUACAGGAAGUGUAAUUCUUAAUUGGGUGGAUGUCUGCUUGGUUUUACUCCUAGCUAUGGUUGUUUAUCCCAGACCCUUUAUUCCUUUAUAUUAAGAUCAAGGAAUUCUAGUUCUCAGAACCCAAAAUAACCCAAAUUUAUAUAGUUCAACCAUCCGGAGUGCUUCCAAAAUUAAAAAAAAAAAAAAAAAAAGAUUCCUGAUGGUGUCGUAGUCUGCCUUUGUGUUAAUCACUGAAAAACAGAAAGAUAAAUAUCUGUAAAUGACUUCUGUGCUAAAUGUUAUUUAAAUGAUUAGUAAUAUUAACAUGCCCCUCUUUUAAAUUAAUGUGUUAUUUUGUAAUACUUAGUUUUAUGACAUUAAAGCCUGAAUAGAUAUUCAAGCACAUAUGCAUUACUGAAUACACAUCAUCUAUUUUUUGGGGUUUUAGGGGCCUGGAGCCCAUCCCUACGGUAUCAUGCACAAGGCACAAUCCUGGGCAUGAGGUUAAUGUAUUGCAGAGCACACCGUUGAUCACUCACUCGCUUGUUAAAUAUUAACAGUCGGUCAUCAAUAAAGAAUUCUUUGAUUUCAGUGCUUUCUAUUUCAGCAAAUUUUGCGCAUGUAAAAUGUCUUUAUUCUCGCCUCGCUCGAAGUGCUAGUGUUGUGGUGAUUGUUGACUGAGCUGUAUCAUUCAUGGAGUUGUUGUACUUGCAUUUGUCUGACUGCGAGCAGUGAGGCGGCGUCUGUCCACAAGGAGGCCUCCACCUAGAAAAGUGUAGCCAGGGAGUGGAAUGGUGCUGCUGCGUGUAGAUCUGUAUGAGUUCUGUCAUUUCAGACAUUUUAUUAUUUCCAAAUUUAUUAGAAACUGAUGAUCAAGUUUUGUUCUUGAUUUGAAGAGAUAGGACAUGAUGAAAUCCUGGAAAUGUUUUUGAUGACCUGUAUUGUGUUAAUGAAGGUAUUGUUUAAAUAGUAAAAAUGCACUUUUUGCCCACAAGCACAGUUAGACUUUUAAAAACUGAAAGUGUUAAGUUGUUUAUUUAUGAGUAACCAGUCCUUGCUUUCAUCCAAACCAGUUUAAUGUUUUCCAUAAACAAAGAGCACCCAUCGCCCCCCCCACCGGAUUUUUGCCUACCUGAAGAAAAUACAUUGACAGACAUUUUUUUGUAUCUGUUACCUCCAGUUCAUACAGUAAUGUUCAUUUAAUGUUUUGUUUUGUUGCGAUUUUGUGUUUCAGCCCAAGCUGUACUUCUGCUGUUGAGUUCUCCCAGCUAAUGUGUCUGUCUGUCAUCAUGUUCACAAUGUGAUUCUCUAGAUUAUUGGUGGGAUGCAAAAUUGUAGAGUUAUUUAUCUGAAGUUGAGAAAUCUAAAGUUAUUUAAUACGUUUAAAGUCAAAAGUGUCAUUUAACCUUAGAUGAUAUAAUCUGCUUUUUCAAUAAAAGUUUUGUAGUUAA